UCUUACUGUACGAGAGGGUCCCAGCUUGCAUCCAAGAAUAUCCCUUCCAUUUUCAUUUCCAUUUCCCUUUUCUUACCUUGUUUCGAGGAUCAUUCGUUUGUCAACUGCUUUUCAUAUACUUCUUUCUCUCACUCUCUUUUUCUCUGCGCAUAUUCGAAACAUUCCGGGGUGCUUUGUCCCCCAUUCCAGUCCUUCGCCGCCAGCCAUUCCACGACAUCCCUCUCCUACAGUACCUCCACCCCAGAUCUUUUUUUCUUGCUCACAACUCGCAUCGACAAACCAUGCUAUGAUCUCGUCAUGAAGCUCCUCGCCUAUCUCCCGCCGCUACCGCCCUUUUUGUUCGCGACUUUGGUCGUUGGUGGUCUCGCCUCCAAGGCCUUGCACAUCGCCCUACAUAUCCACUCACUUCCGUUCCUCUACUUCGUCCUCUACUCGCCAACUCUCGUGAUACCAGACCUCCUAGUUAUUGCUUUUGUGCGAGUGCUAUUAUAUACGCCAUCCCCGGAAACAAAGUUGCAAUGGGUAACAACAUGCCUGGGAGGAUUGCUCUCCAUAAUCGUAUGGGGCGCGUCAUCCAUUCAAUUCGGCUUCUUUAUGCAGACCGGCGCCGAAGUUGCCUGGGCCGCCAGCAAUAGUUUCCUUAGCGAUCCCGCUGCCAUGAAGAUCUUGUUGAGCGGCAUCUCGACUGUUUCCGCCGCCGCAACAGUUUUUGGCCUGGUCGCCUGGCUCAUCCAUGCGAAGAUUUACCACUGGACUGGUCUCGGGUUGCAGGCGAUUCGAGAUCUAUUUACCGGAAGCUACAGAGCGCGAUACACGUUACUCGGAGUCCCCAACAAAUCCUGGCUGACGAUGAUGGAUCUUCGAACCGUACGCCGUAUCGCUAUCACCGUUUCCAUCUGCUCGUCAUUAUUGUUCCUGGAACUGACCCGCCCCUCGGUUCCAUAUGAUCACCUCUCAGGCGCGUUGCCAUUGACUUUGUUGGAUGCAUUCACGAAGAAGUCGAGUACCACCGAAGGAUGUCGCCAAUCCCCGAUGAGAUUUCCUCUCUGGACGGAUGUCAAGACGGGCUUCAUGGCUAAUAGCUGGUCGCGUCCCUCCUGGCUUCCGCCGAACCCGCCGCCCGGAUUCAGUCGUUAUGAACAUACACCCGACGAGCGCGCCGAGAAGGAUAACCACUCAUGGUACUUGUGUAACGACAACGAACCCGGCUUCUACAACCCCAAGACGGACCCACUGAAGAUUUCAAACCUUGGCGGCGAUAUAUACGAACCUUUGAAGGCCGCUUUUGAGGCGCACGCCGUGGAGAUCGACCAUGUCAUCCUGUUAACCCUCGAAAGUGGGCGCAAGGAGCUCUUCCCCAUGCAGCAAGGGACUCCUAUGUUUGAUGCUUUGAUUGAGUCGCAUGCCAAGGAAGACCGAGAGGAAGCGAUUGACCGUCUGGUGACAAUGACGCCCAUUUCGCAGAUGCUGACGGGCGAGUAUGCCACCGAUAGCAAGGGUAAGAAGGUCGAUCUGAGCGGUGCGAACUGGCAGGACUCUGCAGAUGAGGGAAUGGGCGGACUGAAUGUUCGGGGUGCCCUCACCGGCAGCUCUUUAACAUUUAAGAGUAUUCUUGGAAGUCACUGUGGUGUGCACCCACUUCCUGUCGAUCUUCUGGAGGAGACCGGCCUCGAAAUCUACCAGCCGUGUCUGCCUCAGCUCUUCGAACUCUUCAACACGGUCAAGAAUCCAAACCCAACCCCACAGAUCCUGGAGCGUGAUGACUCCGCAUCCGAAGCUCUGAAGAAUCCCUGGAAGUCCGUCUUCAUGCAGUCUAUCACCGACGACUACGACCGCCAGGAUGUCCUGAAUGAGAACAUGGGAUUCAAGCACAAGGUUGUUAAGAGCACUCUGACCUCGCGGAAAUCCAAGUAUCGCGCCAAAGGACAGGAAAUCAAUUAUUUUGGCUUCGCCGAGACCGAACUGAAGCCUUAUGUCCGUGAUCUAUUCGAAGAAGCCGCCAAUAACAAGACUCGCAUGUUCCUCUCUCACGUCACCAGCACCACCCACCAUCCGUGGAACACUCCAGACGACUUUGCGAUUGAACACUAUAUGGGCAGUGAGGGCAGUGUCAACCACAAUCUGAUGAACAACUACCUCAACUCUGCCCGCUUCGUGGACAACUGGCUGGGCGACAUCAUGACGAUGCUCGACGAAACAGGUAUCGCCAACUCGACGCUGGUCGUUAUUGUCGGUGACCACGGCCAGGCUUUCGGCGAAGAUAACAAGGACAUGACCGGCACCUACGAAAAUGGACAUAUCAGCAACUACCGCGUCCCCAUCGUCUUCCGACACCCCCACAUGCCCCGUAUCAACAUCGACGCCAACGCAACCUCCAUCUCCAUCAUCCCGACGAUCCUCGACCUCCUAGUCCAGUCGCACUCUUUAGACGCCCGCGACUCCGAGAUGGCCUCAUCCUUGCUUCCCGACUACCAGGGCCAGUCCCUCAUCCGUCCUUUCAUCCCCUAUAUCAAAGAGGGCCAAGACACCACGAGCGAAACACCCAGCGAUAUCGCUACUCGCUCUCCACGUAAGACCCAGCCAAAAGUGGGCCACCGCACCCGGUAUAACUGGAAUUUCGGCAUCGUCAAUGCCGGCGGCUCCAUGGUCUCAGUUACGGCUGCCGGAUCACCCUACCGACUUGUUCUGCCUCUUAAAGAGGGCUUCGAGUACGUCUUCAGUGACUUGGACAAAGACCCCGGCGAGCUGCACCUAGUCAAGUCGUGGACAAUGCAUGAUCUCGUUGAUAAUGUUUUGUCCAAGCAUGGCGAGGCGGCUGCCGAGUGGCUCGAAGACGCAGAGCAGGUUGGUAAAUGGUGGGUGAAUGAGCAAAGGAGGAUUUGGGGAUACCGGGAGGCAUAGGAUAUGCCCUCGGCUAUUUCACCAGUCGUCUUUGACACUUUUGCACGAUCUUGAAGUCUAUAUAUGUGUUUCCUUUUGUUCUGUCUACAUUACCGAUGUGCUUAGCAUCGUCUACUCCCGGCAUACUGCUUGCCUUUCAUUUCUGCUGUCAUGAUUCCAUCCUCCGAAAAUUUAUCCGGCAUGGUGUUACGGGUUUGCCCGCGCUUGGGCUGCAUUAUUUUCCUUCUACCUCAUCAUUUCUCCCCCCUUUCCCAUCAAUCACCCCGAAUACCUCUAAUUCGGGAUUCUUGGGCUGUAUUAUAUGCCUCUGCCGCAUUUCCGGAUUCUUCGAUGGGAGCCCGAAUCUGGUUGAUUGGUUGAUCGGGCCCUCUUGUACAUAAAUGAAAUAUUGGGUGGGCUAUUUGUUGAUGAGAUAUGGUCUGUCUAAUAAUUCAAAUUGAUGAGA